CAUCCUCUAGGAAGCUCACAAGCAGAACAUGAGGGGGCAGCAGCAGCCUUCUCUCACUCACCACCCCCAGCAGCUAGCAGGCAGGGAUAGACUUCCUCUGAACCUGGAGGUUCCAUCUUUCUACCAAGGCCUUAGAUAUUCUCCAUGAAUUUGUCUAGCCUAAGACAAGCCCCCUUGUGCUGCCUCUUCCAGCAACAUUGUUCUGUGUGCAGCCUUCACAUUCCAGUCCUGAGCUUCUGUGGGGGUGUAAAACUUGGAAAUAAAAAGUCCACAUUUUGUAUUUGGAAGUUACCAGAGGUAAAGGGAGGUGGUUGCUUUCAGUUUGCAGUCAGGUAUGCUCCAUAACCCUCAGCAUUUGGUCCCAAAUGCACAAAACCAGUCACUGGGCAUUGGGAAAGGUGGUGCUUGCUUUAAAACAGGGUUGUGGAGCCUGAGACCCGCUGUGUGUGGACAGGCCACAUCUCCUGCCAUCUCUGCCUGCGGCUCAUGUGGGGAGUCUGAGAGCAUUUGAAAGGCCGCAGGAGACAUCGCCCUGGUUGUCAAGGUCUGUAACUCAGGCAAUCAAUCUUGGAAUUACAGAAGUGUGGCAAAUAGGGUCUCAACUGUGCCAAACAUCAUCAAACCCAUAAAGACCUGUUGCCUCUUCUCUAGGAAACACACUACAGAGCCGAACACAGCAUGAUUUGGCUAUUGAUUUGUUUAAAGAACGUUCAUCUCUUAUCUUCCAACAGAAAAAGUCUCCCACAGCAGCUUGUGAAUCACACACAAAAACAUUUUCUCAAUAGGCUUGCAAUAAAAAAAGACACGAAAGAAGACUGGAUGGGGAGGAAGCUCGGCCUAAGCAAACUGCCGACCAUUUCAGAAUAAGCCACCAGUGUGGCACUGCCCUGAGAGCGAGAGAUUUGGGGGUUGGCCCAAGAAUGAGAUCCCUCUCACCCCACCCCGCAUCUGUCGCAUCAUCCAUUUGCAUAAAUAAGACAGGAAGUUGCAUCAAAAGAGCUUGUGAAAUAAAUUCCUGUAAGUCCUACAGAAGCUGCCUCCCUGAAAAACAGUGGCUGUGGAAAUGCAAGAGCACCGGGGGGGGGGGGGUUAUGCAUUGUUACUGGGGAACAAUGUCUUCCUCCUUGUCUAUUAAACAAUCAGUGUAGGGAGUUCUGUGACAGCAUUUCAUGCAACACUACAGAAAGCCCUCAUGCUUGAAGACAGGCCUGUAUCCAACGUUAAGCCUCCUCAGAACAGACCUGUUGAAAUAAAAGGGCAUGAAUAACUUUGGUCUGUUCAUUUGAAUGGGCCUACUCUGAGUAAAAGUUAGUUGGAAACACCCUCCAAGAUUUUAAAUAACUCCCCUCAACAAUUUGUUGUUUAGUCGUUUAGUCGUGUCCGACUCUUCGUGACCCCAUGGACCAGAGCACGCCAGGCACUCCUGUCUUCCACUGUCUCCCACAGUUUGGUCAAACUCAUGUUUGUAGCUUCGAGAACACUGUCCAACCAUCUUGUCCUCUGUCGUCCCCUUCUAGUGCCCUCCAUCUUUCCCAACGUCAGGGUCUUUUCCAGGGAGUCUUCUCUUCUCAUGAGGUGGCCAAAGUAUUGGAGCCUCAGCUUCAGGAUCUGUCCUUCCAGUGAGCGCUCAGGGCUGAUUUCCUUCAGAAUGGAGAGGUUUGAUCUUCUUGCAGUCCAUGGGACUCUCAAGAGUCUCCUCCAGCACCAUAAUUCAAAAGCAUCAAUUCUUUGGUGAUCAGCCUUCUUUAUGGUCCAGCUCUCACUUCCAUACAUCACUACUGGGAAAACGGUGUGUGUGUGUGUGUCACAGCCCAAGUGAUUCUGACUAAUGGCCUUCCACCAGAGUUUCCAACUUUUCCAGAUUUCUUACUUUGUAUUGCAGGAGAUAAACUGUCUUUUUGGAGCACAUAUAUGUCAGCUGGAUCAAUUUCACCUGGCUUCACAUGACACCAGCCCCCAUGGGAAGACCUGCCUUGGGUUGCCACAAAGUAAACUCUCUUUGGGCUGCCUCCUCCCUAGUAGAUUUCUCUUUGAAGUUGGAAAUGAGCGGAGGGGACAUCACUUGGUGGUGGAACACCUGCUUGGCAUGUAGAAGAUCCCAAGUUCAGUGUCUGUCAUAUCCAGGUAGAGCUGAAAAGGGCUCCCUGCCUUAAACGCUGGACAACCAUUGAUGCCAGUCAGUGCAGGCAAUACAGAGCUAGAUGGACUCAGUAUAAGGCUGCAUAAUAACUUCCAUGGCAAUCACAGGCUGAUUUUUAUAUUAAAACAAAUAAGUAAAUGUAAAUGAAUCCUGAGUGGUCCCCUUCCUCCCUUUCUCUUGUGGAGGUAGAUGCAGAAAGUCCUUAAGAAAAGCCCAGCAUCCCGAGGCCUGGUCUUCUUAGGGUCCCCAGGCAGAGCAAAUGUAGGGCCCAUAGCCCCACCUCCCGCUGUUUGCACACUGUCUCUCCUCCCCCUGCCAAAGAAGAGGAAGCUGCAUCAUGUGUGUUCUCCGAAACCACCACAACUCUUUCGAGUUCACCUCUCUUUCUCGUCCUGCCUCACGGAAGGUUUCCUGUUUUGUCCCGCAGCAGGUAAAAUGGCUCCCUUCUGGCUCUCCCUCUGGAUGGUUCUCUGGAGUCUCCUCACCGCUGGCAGUUUCAGGCUCCCAACCUUAAGACUCCUUAUCCAAGAUGGCGCUGCAGGCUCUCAGUCCGCUUCCCCAGAAAAGUGGAUGUGGAAGAGAGCAGGAGAUGAUGGCCAGGAAUCCCCUCGGUUACCUUGCGGAAAGACGGAUGGUAGCUGUAAGCACCCUGCUGCAGCCACCGCAGAACAAGCCAAGAAAAGUCUCACAGUCACAGAGGCAGAGAGUUCUACAUCGGUUGGGAAAACUUACAAUGGUGCCACUGCUGAAGUGCCUACUAAUGCCACAACAACUCUAGAUACCUUUGGGAAAGUAUCCACAGAAGUUGGCACCACCAAAGAAGUAAUCCAUUUAAGUACCACAAAGAGCUCUCGUGCUCCAGUGGCCCGUGUCCGCCGUCUUGCUCCCACAGUGGGCGCGACUACAUCACAAUCUAUGCCUAAUGAGACAGAAAAGGUUGCUACUGCCCUCCAAGAAACAAUGAUGGUUUUAGCGGUCCCUAAGAAACUGUUGGUUGGAGCAACAAGCUCUCAGUCCAUGGUGGCCAGUUCAGAUGUUUCCACAGCGAAGUUGAGGCAAGCCGUUGGCACAACCGGACCUUCCUUCAUAGCAAAGGGAAAGGUGAAGUUUCCUCACUCAACUGCCAAGCCAAGCCCCGCCACAGAUUGGCUAUUGUUGGAUGAUAUGACAAGCUCCAUGGUGGCCAGUUCAGAUGUUUCCACAGCGAAGUUGAGGCAAGCCGUUGGCACAACAGGACCUUCCUUCAUAGCAAAGGGAAAGGUGAAUUUUCCUCACUCAACUGCCAAGCCAAGCUCCACCACAGAUUGGCUAUUGCUGGAUGAUGUGACAAGCUCUCAGUCCAGGGUGGCCAGUUCAGAUGUUUCCACAGCGAAGUUGAGGCAAGCCGUUGGCACAACCGGACCUUCCUUCAUAGCAAAGGGAAAGGUGAAGUUUCCUCACUCAACUGCCAUGCCAAGCCCCGCCACAGAUUGGCUAUUGUUGGAUGAUAUGACAAGCUCCAUGGUGGCCAAUUCAGAUGUUUCCACAGCGAAGUUGAGGCAAGCCGUUGGCACAACCGGGCCUUCCUUCAUAGCAAAAGUUGCUAUCUCAGCCACCAUCACCACUGCCAAGGUGAAGCCCCCCUCAGUGACAUCUCUCGGUGGCGCCACCAUCUUGGUAGGGAAGUGUUUACUGUGGAUCUUCAUCCUGGCCCUCAUUGCUGGCAUUUUCAUAGUGGCCACUGGUGUCCUCGCGACCAUGCUCUGGCGCCAGAAACGAGCCUACAAAAUGAAUGGGCGCAACCACACAGAGAUGGUGUGCAUCUCAUCCCUGCUAGCUGCUGAAGAAGCAGAGGAGGCUGGAGGGAGGCACCCCAGGGGGAAAAGGGUAAAGAUGCUUGGGGCAAAUGGAUCAGAGGCAGAUAUGGACAACUUGACUCUGAACAGCUUCUUGCCAGAGCAUUAAUAUAGCCUCUUACUGCACUUCAGGGUUCUCUGGUGCUUUCUAGAAACUCCUCACGUUCACCAGAGUUGGGUUUUACAAUGUGAAGCACUUUCAUGCCAGAUUUACUUCAUCCAGAACUAUCUUUAAAAUAUAUGUUGUACUACACUCACGACACAUCUCUCAGUGGCGAGCAGUUCAACAGGUGAAGCACUUAGCAAAGUCUAGUUUCCUUUGAAGGAGACCACUGUCUGGAAUUUCCCUUUCUCGUCCGUAGAAAGUAGUGGAAUUUUUAAAAAUUGGUUGGCAACCCAUAUCGGAAGUGGGGUUGGCAAUAAAAAGAAGAUGCUCAUUUUCACUUUUUGAAAUAUGGCAGCCCUAAUUUACAACUAUGUGGUGGCAAGGAUUUCACCCUCACACAGAAAACCAAGGCCCCUCCUCUCACAUCAGAUCUCCAGGGAGACUGCCAGUCGGCUAGCAGAGCCCAAAACUUGACCUUUUUUUUGUCUCUGACUCCAAACUGCCAGGUACAUUUAAACAGGUGAGGAAAGUUCUGUCCCCCUCCUCUAAUUUACAUUUUUCUCUUCAGAAGAUGAUCCUGUAUCCAGAAACAACAGGGCCAGCCUAAUACAUUUUAUUGCCUGAGAGAAAGGACCUGCUGCCAAUCUCCUUACUCCCCAAGCAGCAGCAAGAUGAGCAGUGAAUUGAAUCUUCGUCCCGCCUGGCCAACGAGGCCGCAUCCUCUGCCACACCUGAAGGGAGUUAGUUUGGGGCAGGAGGGCAGGCUGUGGGGCACACUGUGUCCCCACCAACAUCUCUCACUGCUUCACCUGGCCCAAAGAAGCCAUGAACGAAUUAUUGACUUCCCCUGGCAACCUAUCACUUGCAGUUUACCUAAGAAAAGGAUGGGCUAGGCAGGAUAAGGCCAGGAGGUUUCUGACCUGUCACCUGUAUAAAUCAUGCACUUUGAACAAAUACUAUUUUCUUUUGUUUCAGGUUUGCUAGUCAUAGGGCAGGGGGUGGAGAGGAUGCUGGGCUCCCACUGCAACGGCUGACCAUUUGAUUCAGUCACCCGUCUGAUAUAUGAAGAUUUCUGCAGACAUUUACCCCACCCCCAACUUUCAUGUCCACAUUUUUUAAACCAUAAUGCUACAAACACACAAUUUGUUUUUUUACUAAACCAAAAAUGUUAGGAUUAUCAACAAGCACAAAUAAUGUGGGAUUGCAGACAAGGAAAUAAACAGUGCAAAUACCGUUUGCGCUUGAAAAAGAUUUGAAGCAGUUUCUAAUCAGCGCGUGUCCUGUGUCCUGCAGGUGCAAUCCUGUAAGUCUUCAUUUAACAAAAGUGUGUCUUCCGCAAACCUCUCUGACUGCUGUAUGGCACUCUUAAGGACAGACUAAUCCUGGGGCACCCAAGCCAAGCACCCAUUACGCACAACAGAAAUCAGAUGUUUAUCCCCCUGGGGAGGGCUGCUCCCUCCAUGUGAUUCGCCCACCUCAGGCUGAAAUGUGUGUGAGCUCUAACUCUGCCAACAAACAGCAGCAUGCCAAAGGAUUGUGCUAAGAAGCACUAUUUUGCAGAGAGGGGACCAAGCAGAGAGAAUUUGCCAGCCAUGCCAGACUAUGGAUUUUGCUCUCUCUCUUGCCCUUACUGGUGAGAAGGAGCCAAGGUCCCCUUGGCUCCCCACAGAUUGACUCCUUUGACCUUGUGAAGUUUCAGCUGUAACUCUGGGAGUAAAACAUACAGGAAGGCAAAGUGUCACAUUAAGGAAAUCUAGAGAAAGCCAAGCCAGUUUAUUUCCUGUGGUUUUUUGGUGUGUUUACAACCUAGUAUUUCUUUGGAUUUCUUGAAUGUAUUUUGUAUAUGUUGGGGUCUGUAAGUGGGUCCUAAAGAUAAUGUGUAUUUCAAAUGAUUAAAUAUAUUGAAAUACAGAAGUGGCUCUUAAGUUCAUGCAUAAGACUUUUUGGUUUUUUGGCAUUCUUAAUAUUGGGGGUUCCUUUCCUUUCUAAGUUCACAUUUCCUGAGGCAUGCUUUAGAAAUGCCUGCAGAUGAGAGAUCCAAAAUGAUAAAAUAUAUCCUUUAAUAAAAUGCAGUCAGGAUGCACUGUCUGUAUAAGCCUACUUUUUCAGCACCAAAAAUGUGCUGAGAAAGCCGCCCUCAGCUUAUAUUCGAGUGAGGCAGGCAGCGGCAGAGAAAGGCACAGGACGGGGGGUUCAGAGAAGCGCUGUGCUGCAACUCUCCCUCCGAACCCCCGUCGUAUGCCUGCUCUGUGCGAGGCAGCGGGGAGGGAGAAGCAGCAAGGAAGGGAUCCUUCCUUGCUACUUCUCCCCCCCCCCCACCGCCGACAGCUGGGAAAGGCAUAGGAUGGUAUUUAUUUAUUUGAAAUUUACCAGUAGCUGCUGCAUUUCCCACCCUCGGCUUAUACUUGAGUCAAUAAGUUUCCCAGUGUUUUUUUGAGGUAAAAUUAGGUGCCUCGGCUUAUAUUCGGGUCGUCUUAUACUUGAAUAUAUAUACUGUUACAAAAGUCAGGUGCUUGCCCCUCUCUCUGCCAAGCGGUGUCAAGAGCCCAUGGGGUCCCAGGCACCGCCACAGGGUCUGUGUCCCUUUGGAGAAUAGAAAACGCGGCGGAGACUAUCUGGCUUUAAGAAAUAUGGUUGAUUCACCUACCUACACCUUCAGUCUGCAUGGAGGGAUUCCAGAUCUUAUGGCAUGGUCGUUGCAAGAGGCAGCAACAUACGCAACCACCAGCUAGAACCGUCCAAAGAAGGAUCUCAGCUCUUCUCCCUCCUUCUUCCAAGACCCUUGCCCUCUGUUCAUACCCCAGGGCAGGGAGAAAGAAGUUCUCUCGCAUGGAAUGGCCCUCUAUGGUUCCCUUAAUGGCCCUAGCUUGGGCAGGCUGCCCAGGAAUUCCUCUGCAGCUUAUAUUUCCCUUCCCACCCCAAAUUAUCACAAUCCUGGAAUUCAUUAAUUUAUAGGGUUUGGCGUAACACCCCCCCCCCAAAUAAAACUAUACCACCAUAUAUCUACAAUCUGGACCCUAUUCUGGAGUUCAUGGGUGUGAAAGGGCACAAUGUGCUAGAAGCUAAAGCCUGUUAAAAAAACAAAAAUGAACAACCACCCCCACAUUGCUCAGGAGUUAAAGGUACAAGUCUAGAGAAUCCUAGUUUUCAGCUCUGCCACAGUGGGAUUUUAGCUCUACCUUAGCAGGGGACGUUUUAAGGGCCACAGUAAGCCAGAAACCUUGAUUAAAUCCCAACUUUGGGGAGGGAAUAAAAAAGAAAAGAAAAAGAUUAAUAUAUAGUUCCACACAGAAGAGACAUAGCUAGUGGGAUAUUCAGCUUAGAAUUUAAAAUAAAGUAGACUAACUAUCAGGUUGAGCCCAGUGUAGACUUCAGGUUCUUCAGUUUUAAAAGUUUGGGUAUUUUAGGUGGAAAGGAGUGGCAUGAAAGCUUAAAGCCUGACGGUAGGACUCAGUGGAAAAAAGCAUCUUUCAGUUCUCUUUAAAACCAGUGAAAGAGUAGUAUUUAAAAAACUAGAGUAUACCUUACAAUUUAAAAUGGAAGGCAACUGGGGGGAAAUCAGUUCAAAUGUGGUGUAGGCAUCAUUUAACAUUGUUAAGUGUGGUUUAUGAAUUGCAGUCAAGUUUCAGCUUUCAGUUCAGUAUAAAGCCAGUCAAAAGCUAGUUUCAGUUUUAAAACAAAACCCCCACAAGGAGUUAAUCCCUACUUAAUCACCUCCCUUGUCUGAUUCCCUAACAAAAUAUCAAUUCCUCCCUCUGAAGGAGCGGCUACUACAUAUCUUGGGGGUCCUCCUGGAUCCUUGAGGCUCAGGUGGCAUCAGUGGCCCAGAGUGCCUUCCAUCAGCUUCGGCUGGUGGCCCAGCUGUGCCCCUAUCUGGACAGGGAUAGCCUAACUACUGUUGCUCCCAACCCCGGCAAGACCAAUUGCAGUCAUUAACAGUCGUUAACAGUCAUCAACAGGCUUACCACUCCUAUCAGCCCAUCACCCAUUCCCAUCACCCCCCCCCCUCUGAAUAUACAUAAGGGUCUGGUGACUUCUGUUUCAGUGUAUCUGAUGAAGUGUGCAUGCACACGAAAGCUCAUACCAAAAUAAAAACUUAGUUGGUCUUUAAGGUGCUACUGAAGGAAUUUUUUUAUUUAAUUUCGACUCAGGCCAACAUGGCUACCUACCUGCAACUAGUACUGUUGUCUAUGUUCUGCUAACCUCAAGGUUAGAUUACUGCAAUGUGUUAUAAGUAGGGCUGCCUCUGAAGACAGUUCGGAAACUUCAGUUAGUGCAGAAUUCAGCGGCUAAGUUGCUCACCAGAGCAAGACAGUUUGAGCAUAUUACACCGAUCCUGGUCCAACUGCACUGGCUACCAAUUAGUUUCCGGACCCAAUUCAAAGUGCUGGUUUUGACCUAUAAAGCCUUAAAUGGCUCAGGACCGCAAGACCUCAAGGACCGUCUCUCUCCAUAUGAGAUCAUAAUCUGUGCUCACUCCCUGUGAGGUCAGGAGGGCAACAACACAAGAGUGGGCCUUUUCUGUGGUGGCUCCCCAUUUGGAACGCUUGCCCCAGAGAUGUUCACCUGAUGCCUUCAUUAUACAUCUUUAGGCAGCCAGCAAAAACAUUCCUCUUUAACCAGACCUUUGGGUGAUUGACAUCUGAUGCACUUUUAAAGGUGUUGUGGAAGGUGGGGUUAUUGGGUUGUUUUUUUGUUUAUUUUUUUAUAUUGUAAUUUUAUAUUGUGAACCCUUAGGAGGGAGGGGCAAUGAACCAACAAAAAUAAGGUACCUGUUUACUUGAUCCUGACACAAAAGCUUUAUACUACUUUAUAUGAAGCUUUAUACUUUAUAUACUACUGCAAUGUUAUUUGCAUGAGCAGCAACCAAGUGACCUCCUCGGGGUGUGUAGGGGGGGGGGGUCCUGGGCUGCCCA